AUGAGCUCUUUGAAGUCAAAGCUCGGAUGCAAAACCUGCAAGUAUGCGCUGAUGUCGAUUCCCACCUGGACAUUCCAUCCCACUAAUGGCUGCACGGGUCGCAAAUGCGAGUAUGAGCACUCGCCUCAGCAUACUCUGGCCAGACCUAGUGGCCCAGCAUAUCCCCUGGUAUCAUCCCCAGGCACAGUUUGGCGAGAGCGUCGUGCCUUUGCGUAUUACUUUGAAAAUGUCGCCCUGUGCAUCGGGGGCGGCUUAGAUGUUGAGUUUUGGCGGACUAUCGUCCCUCAGGUCUGUGGCAGUGAACCGGCGGUCUGGGAUGCCAUCAUCUCUGUCAGCGCACUGUUCGAAAACCCAGAUCCUUACCCGAAGCUGGGAGUUUUCCGCCAAGGAGGUUUCCAUGGACUGGAUCAGCCUCACCAAGAUGCUUUGAAUUGGUAUUCCCGCUCGGUGUCUGCUGUGCGUCAGCGAAUUGAACGCGGCGGCGUCGAUGUUUUUGUCGGACUGGUCACAUGUACCCUGUUUCUGUGUAUUGAGACUCUACAGGCCGGGGUUGAGGAAGCCAAACAACUCUACAAGCAAGGGUGUGAUCUCAUUGCCUCGCUCCGUACGCAGGUAGCUCGUGGGAUUCUUCCGCCUGAGAAGGUUUCCCUCCUAGAGAACACAGUCAUUCCACUCUUCGUCCGACUAGGUACAAUGGGAGUCGCCAUGUCGACUCCCCCAAUGGAGGCCUUUUUACACCAUUCUGACUAUGCAGAAGCGCAGUACUUCACGUCGUUGAAGACGGCACGGGAUGCCAUGAUACUCAUAUCAUUAGAGGCCCAGGUGCUCGAGCAACAACAUGGGCAGUUUGUGUUAAAUGCACCCGACUCUCCUUUACCGAGAGAGUUCUUUGAUCGGGAGUCAAGCUUGUCCGCCCGUUUAAAAAGAUGGAACACAGCCUUCACAGAGCUAAUGGAGGCUCUCAACAUGCGUGGCCUGUCGCAGCAGGAAAUCGCGGUCGCAUCGAUUGUAAUGGCAUAUCACGAGACUGUGCUGAUAAUCCUAGCCGUCUGCAACACUCCUUCCCAUACCUCGAUAGAUGCGUAUCUUCCCCAUUUUCAGAAUAUUGUUGACAACUGCACCGUUGGCCUGCAGGCUUCCCUAAAACCGGACGGUUCGCAAGCGCCGUUCACGUUUGAAAUUGGAAUUGCAUUUCCGCUCUGGUUCACAGGCCUCAGAUGUCGUGAUCCUACCAUCCGCCGGUCCGCACUCGCUCUUGCUCAGCAUGGGCCUCAGGUCCAAGGCUUUUACCGAUCUACCGAGAUGGCAGCCUUUGGAGAGUUGAUCAUGAUGAUGGAAGAAAACUACGGAAGGACAAUAAAUGCCGCCCGUGGACAGCGUAUGCCCGAAAUAUCGGAGGGCGCCAAUGAUAAAGACCAGUUCAAGCAACCCAAAGUCCUUCUCGACACCAAUCGGUCCUUGACGAAGGCCAAAGUUGCAUUCUCUCCAAGCCCGUUCCCCGUCACGACCAGUAUGACGGCAGAGCUACCUUCUACAGCUCUCAUUCCCGAACAAGCUCGAGUUCAGCCGAUCGGAAUGUUCCGUGCUCAGGAUGGAUUCCCACCUGGAACCCCGGAACAGGAUAUUGUCAAAUGGGCUCAUCGUCCCGAGCAACCCUUUUUUGCAAUUUGUGCAGCCUGA